AUGACGACGCUAAAGUUUCUUUUAACUGCCCUUCUUGUUUUCACCCUUACUUACACCACAUCUGCCCAAUGGGGGAUGAUGCCCGGCAUGUAUGGAGGAUACGGUAUGGGUUACGGUGGCAUGGGUUAUGGCAUGGGUUACGGCAUGGGCAUGGGCUUCCGCAGGCGACGUCAUCACAGGCGCAGAUGGGGUGGAGGAAUGAUGCCUUAUAUGAUGGGUUAUUGA